AGUGCAGUGCCUAAGUACCUAGCCACCAAGCUCCUCAGGUAUAAGUACUUAUCCAUCCAAGCUUCCGUCUCAUCUGACCCUUGGGGCGGUACACAUGUUCACGAAAUCCUCACAACGAGGCGUAUGGAUGCGGAUCCUGACCCGGCAUAAGCAGCAAUUCUGCCACUUGACCUGCACACUCCAACUGGCCAUGGCAUGGAUAACAUGAAUGGACUCCAUGGAGUCUGGCAACAACAGCUUCUUCUCCACGAUCCUUCUCUCUGACCAGCUUCACAAUGCUGUCCCGGCUUGGAAAUGACAAAGUCAGUGGAAAUGUGCAUGCAUACUUGGCAACUCUGGUUCAUUGAAUACUUCAUGCAAUACCGGGUUGGAGAACGUUCCCUUCCACACUCCUGGGACGUCUAGGCAAGGCUCAUGGUCUAGGUGUUUCUCAGCUACCCCUCACCUGCCCUCACCCAUUUGCAGUUGUCUUCAAUUGAUGCUCUUUGCCUCUCUUAUUCAUUCUCUGAACUUUGCGUUUACUGUUGCCAGCUGAGUACGAACAACUGCCAGCUCGUCAUUGUUCAGAUCAAUGCAGGGACUUGAUGGCAGUUUCACUUCAGUCUGAAUGAAAAAGGGAUUUUCUUGUCGGAUACUAUCGGACCUCUGCGUUUACAAACUUUCACUUCGAUUGGAAUUGCUUUGUGUGCCUGGCUUCCCUUUCCUUCUCUGACUGGCUCGGAGACGCCGCCCAAUAGAUAUCUUGGGCAUCUCGACACAGUCGCCAACGCUUGCUAUGCAGCGGCCAUUCAGCGACGCUCGUAACAUAAAACAUGUGCUUUCCAUUCAAUUGACCUCGAGAGAAUCGACUCUAUUUCAUCGUCAAAAGUUUGCAUGUCGUCGAAAGCGGCCAAUCAAACUGUCGGAGAUGGCCCACGUGUAGUUGCUCUUGGCCAUGAUCUUCGACCCGCAAGACCUUGGCCGCAGUGUGAUGGUAGCCGGACGCCAGGCGUGCACCCUAUAAAUUGCAGGCAGUGCCCCAUUUCCUGGCCGAAUUAGUGGAACCAAGAACGAAAUUCCAACUUUGGUCGUGGCACCAAGAGCCCCAAGAGCUCCAAGGAUGACUUCAGCGGAUGAAGACCUAGGAAUGGUGAAAACUCAAGCGUUUGAGAAGAAAAUUGUGUGCUUCCCAAGCCCGUGGUCUCAUUUCUCGCCGUCUUCAGUGGGCACAGAGCUUGGAAUACGCUGAAAAAGUGGGAAGACUUUCAUCAAGAAAGGGCACAGGGUCAGAUUCUUGAUGACCAUUGGACAAAGAUGUCCACCCGAGUUUCUCGAGAUGUGAAAAUAUGUGGAAUUGCCAAGUUGGGGGCAAUAGUUGUAGAAUGUUAAAUAUCUGGACAAGCUGCAACCCUUUCAGCCUGUGAACAGCACUGCAAUUGCAACAUUUCCAGAUCUGAGGUGUGAUUUUCCUGCCGCCAACAUGACGACCCUACACCAAUUCGAUUACAUAUUCGCUAUUGCGAUGAUGUUUGCAUUCCUAGAUGCAUGGAACAUCGGUGCCAACGAUGUCGCAAACUCUUUUGCGACUUCUGUGUCGUCCCGAUCCCUCACUAUGAGGCAAGCCAUGGUGAUAGGUUCAGUGAUGGAGUUUGGUGGUGCUGUUGGAGUUGGUGCCCGAGUCGCCGAUACAAUCAGAACCAAAAUUUUGAGUACUAAAUCUUUUGAGCAAGAGCCGACUGUUCUUAUGCUGGGAAUGACAUGCGCUCUUGUUGCAUCGUCGACAUACCUGACGAUCGCCACUCGUAUCGGAUUGCCCGUCUCCACCACUCACUCGAUCAUGGGAGGCGUCAUGGGCGUAGGAAUUGCCGCUCUAGGCGUAGACGGUGUCAACUGGGGAUGGAAAGGUGUGUCUCAAGUCUUUGCGGCAUGGGCCAUCGCUCCUGGAAUCGCCGGCAUGUUCGGAGCCAUCAUCUUUUUGAUCACCAAAUACGGCGUGCUCAAAACAAAGAACCCUGUGCGCAAUGCCUUUAUCAGCGUACCAAUCUACUUCGCCUUCACGACUGGUAUCCUCACCAUGCUCAUUGUCUGGAAGGGUGCGGCUAGUGCAGCGGCAGCAGUCAAGUCCUGGGGCCCUGGCGAAUACAUUGGUGUCAUAUUCGGUGUCGGAAUCGGAUGUGGUCUUCUCUCUGCUAUCUUCAUCUUGCCAUACCUUCACCGAAAGCUCAACCUGAACGACUGGGAACUCAAAUGGUACGAUGUCUUCCAAGGUCCACUUCUUCUUCGACGUGGAGAAGUUCCUCCCAACACCAGCGGAGAACUCAUUGUCCAAGAUUAUUAUCGCGGACACAAGACUAGAGAGGAUCUUGAUCGUGAUGGAAGAGAGGUUGUCGUCCCCCGGAACGAUAUUGAGACAAGCACUCCUCUGGGCAAAGAAGCUGAGGCAGGAGCCCGCAGUUCUGGGGACAUCUCUGACACUGCUGCGAGCGACCCAGCUGAAAUUGGAAGAACAGGAAAAUGGUACGAACCUCGAAAUCUGUUCUUCGUCGCCAAAAAAGCUUUCUUUCAUGGCGCAGACGUCGACGUUGUUGCGGAACAGAAGAAAAGUUCCAUUCUGGUCGGCAACCUCGAAGAGAUGCACGCCCGUGCUACUCACUACGACAACAAGGCUGAGCACACUUACUCCUUCCUCCAGAUCUUGACGGCCGCAACUGCAUCAUUUGCCCACGGUGCAAACGAUGUCUCCAACGCAGUAGGGCCACUCGCAGCCGUGUAUCUUAUCUGGAGUACUGGAACUCUUGCAUCCAAAUCGCCAGUCCCUGUCUGGAUCUUGGUUUACGGAGGAGCUGCCAUCGCUAUUGGUCUUUGGACAUACGGCUACAACAUUAUGCGUAACCUUGGGAACCGCCUCACUCUCCACUCUCCAUCUCGUGGUUUCUCUAUGGAACUCGGCUCCGCUUGUACCGUCGUUAUGGCAACUCGUCUCGCUCUCCCAGUUUCCACUACUCAGUGUAUCGUGGGAGCCACUGUUGGCGUAGGGCUCUGCAAUGGAGAAAUCAAGAGUAUCAACUGGAGAAUGGUGGCCUGGAUUUAUGGUGGCUGGAUCAUUACUCUACCAGUCACAGGUAUCAUCGCCGGAUGUUUGAUGGGUAUCAUUAUCAAUGCUCCACAAUGGGGUAAUGCUCUGUAAGCAUAACGGCUAUUGACUUUCAGGUGCAAGCAAUGUAGGAAAAUGUGGUGAUGGAGUUGACUCAUGGACCAUAGGCAUGAGGGUCCUUGGGAUGAUGGCAACGGAUUCUUUUUAAUUAGACAAUCUUUACAAUAGUGAUCUCUUUAUUCCCA